UAAAAAUCAUCCUUGCAUUCUCGGACUGUACGGUUAUCGUACAGGUACCCCUUUGCACGUAUAAGUAGAUGAUGAUGAUUUAAAAUGUUGAUCGAGCAUAACAGUCGAAUUAACUGAAUUGCAAGUUCUAGAUAGGUGUGAUGGGCUAUCGCAUUCAACAAUGAGAAUCUGGAACAAAACGUGAAGUUUUCGUGUUGAUGUGGAGAAAAUCCAUGAUAACCAUGGAAAUUGUUCAAACUAAAGUGAAGAAAGCUGCUGUAGACGAUAUAUCAGCUGAAGCUGUUUUAUACGAUGUUUUGGAUCAAAUUUUUAGUUAUUUUACUAUCAAAGAUCUGUGUCGAGCAGCCACAGUAUGCAAAUCAUGGCAACACAUUGCUAAUCUGGAAAUUUCUAAACGCAGCGACAUAGAGAGCUUGAUUUGGCCAAUAACACAUGACUCUGAUGUUGAUGAUUUUCACGGAGAUGAUGGAAAUGAUUGUACAAAAUCUAGAUUCUCAAAAUACAGAUGGCAUAUCAGUGAUUCUAUGAGAUCACUGCCAAAAUUAGUUCUUUUAUUCAAUGACGAGAACGAGACUGAACUAAGAAAUAUUGAGCAAUUUUUUGUCUACCACUGGAGUCGUGUGAAAGUUGGUACCAAAGUCGGAGCAAUUCACUCAGUAGCAGUCUUUAUGAACAGUACAGAAAUAGUCACAAAUUCUAAUUUAGGGGUUGCAAUCACUAUUCCGUCUACACCUAAAUUGAAACUUGCUGCUUAUUCACCAAAUGAUCUAGAAUUUCAAAGGCAUGCAAAAAACAGUACAAUAUCACAACUUGCUAGCCAAGCUGUGAAUAGUCUAAUUUCUACAGAAGAUUCACACAACUGUUUUAUUAUUUUUAAAAAUGAAGGUCCAGAAAUAAGGGAAGAUGAUCUUUUACACUCAAGGUCUUUUUUGACUGAGUUUACAAGUAGUUUAAAACAAAAAUGUAAGCCUGGUUCUUAUUCAAUAUGGGGUGGUGGAGUUCCACUGUUUAUAACGAAUGUUAAUAGUCUUGGAAUAAAUAGUUUUGUUUGGUUCUUUAUCGUGAGGUUAUCUGGUCCAGCCUUUGAUUCUUGGUCUAUAGUACUAAAUACAGAUCUAUCAGAUGUUGAAAAAGAAGAAAAGCUGACACGUUUAAAAAAAAAAUUACACUUGAAACCUGACACAAUAGCACUUGCGAUGACAUCAUCAAAUAGAAAUGAGACUUCUGAACAAAGACUAAGCAAAACAGAAAUAUUUAGGAAAAUAUUUCCCAAAAUAUCUCUCAUUGCCAUCUAUGAAGAAGAUGACUUUGUGCAACUUGGCAUGAAUACAAUUGACUGUGAUAUCAAUCCUCAAGUGGAACAUACAAAAUCUGUUGCCUACCUAAUCAUGACUACAAAGUGAACAUUUUAUUUUUAAUAAUACUUAUACUAUUGUAAAUAUUUUAUGUUUUUUUUUUUUACUGACAAUGAUUUUAUACUGAAUAUUUUAAAUUUCUUGAGAAAGACUAUAUUUUCAUAAUAAAUCUUAUCCGUCAAAUAUGAA